AUGAAGUCCCUGCUAAGCAAUUGUAGGUGUGACUUCAGACAGAAGCAGCUUGAUCUUCAAGAAAGCAGAGCCAAUGAGAAUUCCUUCCAGGUUCAGACAAAUCCAAGCUCUGUACCUCUUCAUUCUGAACAUGGGCAGAAGAGCACCCCACAAAUCUGGGAAGAACAGCUGUGGCUGUGGCACAGCACUGCAGAGAAGGAUAGGCAGGCCACGAGACUGAGCAAGGCAUUUGAUAAAACCAAACUGCUGGAUGCCAGUUUGGGCAGUGAAGAAGAGUUUGGACAAAAACCAUUUUUGGAGGGGACAGAGAGGGUGCAGAUUCUUCAUGAAACAAACCAAUGGAAAAACCAGAAGAAGCUUAGCACCAGAAAGAUCCCUUUAAGAGAUCAGAAAGUGAUGACCUUAACUUAUAAUAUGAAUAAUGUUGGUACAAUGAAAACUGGAAGCUCUUUAAUCCAGGAGACAGAUUCCACAACAAGAAUCAUUGCAAAUGAUCAGAAUUCAGGGGUUUCAGGUCCAUGGAGAAGCCAUGCUUCCAAAGGUACAACAAGAACCAAGUCACAGGCCCUAAGAGACAAAAAGCCAACUGAGGUGGCUUUGACAGAUGCAGCCAAAAAUCCAACUCAACCAGAAAAAAUGACUUUUCCAAAGGGUCAAAGAACAGCUGAAGCUAUAAUCCCUGAUCUCUCUCAGCAGGCAAUAUGCAAGCCUAAGACUCAUAUUGUUUUCCUAAAAGUGCACAAGAGUGCCAGCAGCACUGUCAUGAACAUCUUAUUCCGUUUUGGUGAGACUCAUAACCUUACCUUUGCCUUGCCAAUCAAUGGUGCCAGUCAGCUGUUCUACCCACAUUAUUUUACAGCUGCAGCAGUGGAGGGAUUUGUUCCAAGCAAAGAUUCUCAGUUUCACAUUAUGUGUCAUCACAUGAGAUUCUUUCAGCCAGAGGUUGCUAAAGUAAUGCCAAAUACUACCUUCUACUUUGCCAUCCUCCGGAAUCCUGUUCAUCUCAUGGAAUCUUCAUUCACUUACUACGGAGGGACAUCUGCAUUUGCCAAAGCCAAAAGCUUGGAAGAAUUUCUCAACCAGACUUCCAGGUUUUACAAUGCUUCAGCCAAGGAUAGCCACUAUGCCAAAAACCUAAUGGCCUUUGAUUUUGGAUAUAACCACAAUGGAAACUUCUCAGAAAAGCAGGUCCAAUUCAUGCUGAGAGCCAUUGAGAAAGAAUUUGACCUUCUCCUGAUCUCAGAAUAUUUUGAUGAGUCCAUGGUGCUGCUGAAGGAACUCAUGUGUUGGGAUCUGGAUGAUGUGGUGUCCUUCCCUCUCAACAGCAGACACAACAGCUCCAAGAGCCAUCUUUCUAAAAGUACCAGAGAGCAGAUCAAGAGCUGGAACAAGCUGGACUGGGAACUCUAUGUGCAUUUCAACAGGACCUUUUGGGAAAAGAUAGACUUGCACAUUGGCCGAGAGUACAUACAACAGGAAGUGAGGACACUUCAGCAGAGACGCAAAGAGCUGGCUGAGGUUUGCCUUCAAGAAGGUGGCGGUGUAGCCCCCAAGAUGAUUAAAGACUGGGCACUGGCACCAUUGCAAUAUGGAAAUGCAAAAAUCUUAGGCUAUAACUUGAAAGAUGGGCUGGAUAAGUCAACAAGGCAGAUGUGCCAGACCUUGGUGAUACCUGAGCUUCAGUAUAGUAAACAUCUGUAUAGGAAACAGUUCCCCAAAAAAGCUUUGAAGCUCAGCAAACCAGUUCACUUGCCAAAGCUAUACAACCACAAGACAGUUUGA